AGCACCACCAGUUGUCAGUGAUGGCUGCUGUUGAUCAAUGCUUUUGACGAAUUACAGUGUAUAUACUCCAUUAAUAGCUCAGAUAUGUGUUGUAGAUAAUAAACUAAGAUGGGUAAGGACGCCGAUUUGCUAGAAGCUGCUCGGAAUGGCAACUUCCAGGUGGUGGAGAAGAUCUUGAGCUCUAAAGCCAAGAGAUCUGGACCACUUGCAAGUUUGCGCCGAGGUCCAGGAGCUAACGUCCAGGACAACAGUGGAUAUACGGCGCUCCAUCAUGCUGCCCUCAACGGUCACAAGGACGUGGUGUCGCUGCUGCUGGCCCACGAGGCGUCGUGCAAUGUGCAGGACGGCAAGGGGUCGACGCCCCUGCAUCUGGCGGCGUGGGCGGGCCACAGCGAGGUGGUGAAGGCCCUCCUGCACCAGGGGCCCUCCGUUGCCAACGUCAACCACCAGAACAAGGGCGGAGAGACCGCCCUGCACUGCGCCGCGCAGUAUGGCCACACAGAGGCGGCGCAGAUGCUGCUGGCACGCGGCGGUGACCCCAGCAUCCCCAAUGUGCAGGCGGAGACGGCGCUGGACCUCGCGGCGCAGUACGGACGUCUUCAUACGGUGGAGGUGCUGGUGCGCGCCCAACCGGAGCUGCUGCGGCCGUACACCGUGGCUGCGGCUACUGCGGCCGUCUUCCCCCACACGCCCUUGCACCGCGCCUCCAGGAACGGUCACAGGGAGGUGGUUAAGCUGCUGUUAACCCACGGUCACCAUGUUAACGUCCGGACGGGCCAGGGAGCGCCCCUGCACGAGGCUGCACUCUGUGGCAAGGUGGAGGUGGUGCGGGUGCUGCUGGAGGCGGGCGCGGACCCCGAGGUGCGGGAUGACUGCGGCCACACCGUCCUCGACACCAUCUCUCUCAUCAACACGCCCAUCACCCAGGAGAUCACCACCCUUAUCAAGUGCCACGGCCAACUGAUCAGCCUGGACGACGACGACGACGAGGACGAUGCCGGGGAGCCGCCGUCUUGGCCGCCGCCCGUGUGGCCGCCGCCCUCUUGGCCGUCCCCGCCUUCCCUGCCGCCCAUUCCCACGCCCUCGGAACUGGGCUCGCCUUACGAGAAUGUCCUCAUCCCAAUCAUCCUUCACCCAGAGCAACACACAGAUGGAGAAAGCGGGUGCAGAAUGCCGGAACACAGAGCCAGCAGCCGGGCCUCUGAUAGAGAGAGCCGGACCUCUGAUAGGGAGAGCCGGACCUCGGACCGGGAGAGCCGGACGUCCGACCGGGAGAGCCGGAUAUCGGACCGUGACGGGCGGACGUCGGUGGCGAGCCGGGUGUCGGAGGCGACGUCGGACUGGUCCAUCUACGACGUGCCGCCGCCGCCCAAGACGGUGGGGGGCAGUGACCGUGGCUCUCUCUCCUACCGCAGUCAGACCUCAGAAUGUGGGGAUGACGACGGCGUGUACGAGGUCCCUCCUCCGCCACGCUCCUGUCGCAGUUCUUCGACAUCCUUGAGGACAUCGCGGGACUCGAGGCACCUGCGGCCCUCUUCUGACGAACUCCUACCUCAACAGCCCUCUGCAGCCGCCACCAGCCCCGGCAGCACCUCCUCCAGCAGUGCCACCGUGGCCAGGCGCACGGCUGCCCCUGCUGGCUCUGACUCCUCCAGCAGUAAGGUAGUGGAACCACUACCGCCACCCAAGCCGCCUCGCCGCUCCAUGUGCCCGCCCUCCCCUACCCCAGAUGCCGACCAAGAGGCAUCCACCUAUGAGACAAUCUACUUCAAGGGUCAAGAUCAGUCCGACUACGAAAAUGUGGAUGUGCAACAGCAACAGCAGCAGCAACCAAGUCGGUCCAGCUUCAGCCAUGUUCACGACAGCUCUGACUCUGACUACGAGACGCCGCGACCGCUACACGCCUCUCAUGGCCAUUCCAACAGGAUGUACAGCACCAUAUCCUUCAAGCCGAUCAAGAGCCGCCGCACCUCCAAGCUCAAGGACCCUCACGUCUACGAGAACACCAUCCACCGCUACGAGAACCUCAAGGAGCGAUUUCAGACGUUGCGGGACAAAAAGGACCACCACCACAAUGAGAACAUCUUCCCGCCCCAUCGGCCAGACACCUUACGAGAUCGCAACGAGAACCUGCGCGACAAGAACGCCCUGACCAUGCCCAGGCGGCCGAGGGCAUCGUCAGCGUACGCCAAGAUCGGCUCCAGGGCGGACUCGUCGGACGAUUCAGACGGCGACCAGCGGCCCAGGUCCUUGGAGUUCCGGGAGAGCAAGCCCAAGAUGAAGCAGCAGCCUAUGAGCCCCACCCACUACCAGCAGCCGCCGACGCCAGACCAUCCGCCGCCUUCCGCCCGUCAGGCGCAGAUCUCCAUCCACGCCAAGAUGCUGUGCGUCUCCCGCCCGCCCCAGGAAAAGCGGCCGUGCAGGGACAUAGAGACGGAGACGGAGCCUGAGGAGGUGUUAGCUGUGGAUCCCUGUGGCGGGUCAUCUGCUUCACUCUCAUCCGUGUCCGCCUCACUCUCAGACAAGAGUCUCUCCACAGACCACAUUGAGGAGAUCAAGAGCGACGUUCCCUUCGCUGGUGAGUACGCCAGAAUGUUCGGUAAUACGUUUAUUGCUUGUAAUGUGUGUAUAUGUAUAUAUUAACACGAUGUACUGAACGGGGUGAGAAUAGCUUGAGCUACCUCAUCCCUUUGUGUGUAUUUUACCUCAAUAAACUUAUUUCAAUUUCAAUGGUGAGUACGUCACUUCUGCCCCUGUUCUCUUGGUCUCCUUAGUGGUGCUUCUCUUUGGGGUUCUGUUCUA